GCAUAUGCUCGUCCUGUUACGUGCAACUCUAAUGUCCGCAGGCUGUUUCCAGUCAUCCUAAAUGACUUCAUCUCCCGGUGACAUCAUCCAUCUUAACACUUGACAUCGAGAAUCACUAUCGACUGCUCUUUGAAAGGCAAAAUAUGCAUGAAAUACACGAUACAGAAACUAUCGAUUCGAGCCAAAAAUCGAUAUAGUUCUGAGAAAAUCCAUGUCGUUCUCACGGUGCUUCUCACCUUGAAGUUAGUGGAUGAAGAGAAGAAUUUGAAAUGACAGAAAAGGAAAGGAACUACUUGUUCUGAGUCGAAAAUGGCGGGCAGGCAGCUGUACGAAACUGCUUUCGACAGCACGGCGAGUCCACUGGAAGCCGAGGAAGAACCUGAAGAUAUCUUGGAAACCAGCCGACGUCUCUGUAGUCCUGAUCCCAACCAUGUUCAGAUCCAAAGACCAUCUCCUGCUUCUUCAAGGUCCAGCACAGACUCGGAAAGAGGGUCAGGGAAGAAGAUAAUGAGGAGAUCAACUCUUCACAGUCCAGUUUUACCUCUCAAGCGCAUUUUCACACCGUGGACAGACAAAAAAGCGGAUAAGGGAUCUGAAACACCAACAGAAUGUACAUUACAACAAAGUGGCUCAAAUGAAGACAAAUCAAAGACAUUUUCGCCCUCUGUCGAGUUUAAGAAGCUGGAUGUCGCCGACGAGAAUAAAAAAAUACAGCUGAAUACUUCCCUGCCAAUUUAAACUGCAACCAGAGGGCUUCCAAUGAUGCCGAAUGUAACGAAAAUAUAAUAAUUGAAACUUUGCCAUCCACUGCUCUCAACCACUCGCCAUACGGAAGCAGAAGCUUUACCAAAUACGGCGUGGAAUCUACAACAUACAGCAACGCAAGACUCGAUUUCGAAUUAGAAAAUGGUGGUGAUACGUCCAGCACAACGACAACUUUCCUGCUUGCCAGGGCUUCCAGAGAUGAUAUGAAACGCAGUAAUUUUGAUUCUAAAACAGCUACAAGAAACAAUUUAUGGCUCGAUUUCAGUCGAGCUCCCAAGCGUAUGAGGCGACACUUAUGCUUAGACAUAAACGGAACACAGGAUGAUAUUGAACCAACAGCAUAUUUGUUAAAACAAGGAUGGUAUCAUGGUUCGAUUAGUCGCGCAGACGCGGAAAAUCUACUGCGUUUGAUGAAAAAAGGCAGCUUUCUGGUUCGUUGCAGUGAAAAACUGAAACGGCAAUAUCUACUCUCGCUCAAAAGUUCCAGAGGAGUUGUGCAUGUUAAGAUUAUACAGUUGCCAAAUGGAAAAUAUGUGAUAAAACAGCAGACCCAGUCUUUUGAUUCAAUUCCACAAUUAAUUCAAUAUUUCAGUACGCACAUACUUAAUAUUCAUGAAAUGAAUGUGUAUUUGUCUCAUCCAGUAAUAGAGAAAUUAUUGUAAACAUUGUUGUCAAUAAAGAUGUAUAUUUCUUUUUAUGAUUAAUUCUUAA